UAGAUUUAAAAAUAUAAAUAACAUAUUGUGCCUUUAGACUAGAGAUUCAUUAUAAUGUUUUUCAUCGAAACAUUACAAUCAAAGCGGGAGAAAAACAAAUGACCCCCUUUGUUCGAGUGUAUAGCACGUUUUCAUACGAGAACAUACUUGGCCGAUGUCUUCGGCGUGAUUCAGCAGCAACAAACGAGACAAGCUAUUUCUGCUCGACAUAACGGAGGAACUGUUGUUCUUUUGCAGCGUCGCUCUCAAUUUUUGAUCGUGGAAAGUUCGUCUCUGCUAGUAAAAAAGUAUGCUGCGUCUUGCAAAUUCAAUAUUGAAAUCAAGCAUUAAUUUCAAUGUGAAAUCUACAAAUUUGGGAAUUUUUUCACCAAAAGCAUGGAAUACAAAUCUCUUUUCUGCGACAUGGUUUUCUCUACAUUCUGCUGAUGACAGGCGACCCAAACAGCCGUUGAAUGCCUUUAUGGUAUUUUUACAAGAACAAAGGCCAACGAUGAAAAUCUCAGGAAAGCCAAGUGAAACCGUCAAAUUUGUUGCUUCAAAAUGGAAGGAAAUGUCAGAAACUGAUAAAAAGCCAUAUAAGAACAAGCAGAAAGUACUCCAAGAACAAUAUCGUGCAGAAUGUGCUUCGUAUAAGGCACUUCUUUCAAUAGAAGAAAAGAAGUCACUUCUUGAGGACUUCCGUGAAAAGAAGAAAAUGAAGCAUAGGAAAUCACAUAAAAAGCAAGUCCGUCACAGUGGUUCACCGAAAAGAAACAGGAGUGCAUAUUCCAUAUAUGUAAGUGCUCGAUUUUCCACUGUAAAAGUUCGAACAUGGAGUGAAAUAAUGGAGUUGAUGAAGGAUGCCAGUAGUACAUGGAAAACGAUGUUUACUCAUCAAAAACAGCCAUACAUUGAUGAGGCAGCCAAGGACAAAGAACGGUAUGAUAAAGAGAUGGAAGAGUACAUAGAAAGAAUGAAGAUUGAAGAGAAGAUUCAUCUUUUACCGGUGAAAUAUCAGAAACAGAUAAAGAUUCAGGGAAGAAAGCAAAGAGCUAAGAAAAGCUGAAGUUUAAUUUGGCAGUGCAUGUGUCAAGAAAAUUGUUCUUUAUCUUCAAUGCCCAUUUGUAUUAUGGAAACUUCUCGACCACGGCUGUGACCAAGCUACUGUUUCACUGCUAUGCUAACAGUUCUGCAUGAUGUAUUACACAUUGAGUUAGUAUUUCAAUCUAAUGUGGGCAUUUUCCCAGUGGCUUGCUUUUUUAUAAAACCACGAAGAGUUUGAUUUUGCGAUCACUAUUUUGCCAUUAAAUCAUUCUAUAUAGCGGACCUCCAGAAGUAUGUACACCAAGAUGGCGCACAACCUGAACAUAGUAAUUGUACCAGGUUCAGGUUGUGCGCCAUCUUGGUGCACAUCCUUCGGGAGCACCAAAAAUGUAUCUUUGCGUCUUUUCCAAAUAGCUUCGAUUUUAAAUUCUGCCUAUAUCAAAUUCUACAGUCAUUCCAAGCCGCAGUUUGGCAACAAAGUGUCACUUUAAGUCAAUCCCGGUUCAUAAUGACCCACGAAACUUAUAUUAUUGCAAUAAGUUCAGUUGUCCUUUUUUAUUAUUCAUGAUUGUACACCUGUCUAUUUUCAACCAUACUACAAACUGAACUACAGAGCCGUAAAUGGUACAUAGUCAACAAUCAAUAUACUAUUUCCAAAUAGUAUGUUGAAGUAUGGAAUACUAAUAUAUUGGGUAAUGCGCAACAGAGUACUUAGCAGAAAUAUUUGCUGGAAAUUAAAUCUGCUAACAUAGAAUCGUUUAAACGUUUUGAUUGAUUUUCCUUUUUCAGUGUCUUUAGUCUAACUUUGUUUGACGAUCAGAUAUAUGUCAGAUAAAUUUCCACAUGAAAAUAUUUUUAUUUCUUCCUAAAAUAAUAUCUUCAUUAUUUAGAAAACAAUUAAUUCCGGCUGUACAGGGUGGGGCAAAAAAUUUUUUUAAAUGUAGGAUGUUUUUUGUCUCAACUUGUCAUUUUGGUCAUACUUUUGGAUAUCAUUUACAUAGCUAACAGUGUAUUGUAUUCUCUUUUGUCUGAACUUGUAGUAUUAGUUAAAUAUGAAUAUAAAGAUGGCAUAUGGAUAUGAUCAUUUCUAUAUACACGGAAUACUGAUUCAAUCACCUGUUAUCGAAGUUGACCUAUGAUAACAUAGUUAAUUUUCUUUCAAAUACUUGUUAGUCCAUGUAUGUUAUAUGUAUUCACAACAAAAUUCAGGUUGUAUGUAAUUUGACUUUGUUUUCGCGUUGCUUUUAAUUACAUUGGCUGAUAAAAGACAGUUUAUUAUGUGUUUUAUGUUUAUUCUGAUAUAUUUCAAAUGUGAUUCUAUAUACUAGGAUAGAAAAACAAUGCAACGUGCAGCCGGGUGCUGGAAGUUUUAGUUGACAUUUUUAUCUGUUAUUGGGUCUAUGGUACCAUUACCCUGAAAUUAUUUUUCCAUGUUAUUUUACAUAAAUUUUAUACUGGUUGAACAAGGAAAAAUAAUGCCCUACUAAAACUUUCUUGUUCUCCAAUUUCUAUUAUGGAUUUAUGGAUAUACCACUGUCCACUGUAUCAAACGUAAAACUCUCGUCCACAGAUUGGGCAGUUGAGGUUGAUAUGAUAACAGAUUUAGCAUAGGUGACUCAAUAUACUUACUUGGUUUAAAAAGAUAUUAAAAAAUUCAACAUGUGUUUCUUAAUCUAUUUCUUGCAUUCUUGUAUGCAAGUUUUGAUUAUGACCCACCUUUCUUCUGCUAUUCCUCGAAGCUGGUAUAUUUUACUCUUUCGUCUAAACUGCAAUCCUGCUGACCAUGUUAUGUACCCAAGUACAUUACAUUUUUUUUAUCUCAUUUACCUAUUCUGUUAUAUUUUUAUGUUCAAUAUUUGGACGUUUAUUACUUGGAAUGAAUAACCACAAUAAACUUCUAACUAUCAAACAA